CGAGUCUCACCACGCCAGGAGUGACAGAGGCUCCGCCUUCCACUUGAGCUUGUAUGAGAGAGAACUCCGUCACAUGACUUUUGUCCUAAAAGCCUUUUGAAGCUUGGACUCCAUGUUCGAACUGCAAACGCUUUGCCCCGCCUUUUGCACAUAUCCAUACCUAGUUCCCCGACUUAGCUGACCGCAAGGAAGGCUUCUCUCUAAAUUUUGGAGGGCAUUGAGAACAAUCAGCUACAGCCUACUCUAUGGCGCCCAAGCGACCGCUGCGCCAACGAGCAAGCACCGCUCCACAACAGCCCUCAACCCCCACUACCAGCUCUUCAAAGCGCCGCAAGACAUGCACUCCAAUCAGCCAUCAACCCGCAUCAGCCUUCUUCGCUCUCCUCCCCCGCGAGCUGCGCGACCAAAUCUACCACGAAAUCUGGGCCCACAAACGGCCGUUCUACCUAAUCUACAAAGAAACCGAGUUCGUCGUCGAAUAUUCCAUCCGCGUCGGUCUUCGCCCGCCCUUCCCGCGCCUACGCUGUCCCAACCGCCCCUUGCUCCCCUCGCCAUGGUUCUUCGCCAACAAGCAAAUGCUCGCCGAAGCCAUCACGCAGUUCGACCGCCAGUCGACCUGGACGUUCAAGCGGGACAAUUUCAGCAAUAAUGCGCCGAAGAAGACGCCGAGUAGGCUGCUGCUGAAUCCAUGGAAGACGCACACGCUGGAUUUGGGGAAGCUGAAGGUGUCGGAGCAGGCGGAGCUGCAGUCUAACGAGCGCACGGUGACCACGCUGGUGCAGUUUAUCGAGCCGGUUCCGCAGCCGCUGAGGUAUCGCCGGAUGGGCUUCAUUUCCUCGCCUAACCUGCGCAUCCUUAAGUUGGAGCUCUCGGUCUCUUCUUACGCGCCGUGCAAGGAUCCGAAUCGGCCUAUUGAAGUGGAUCUCCGGGCGCUGACGAGUCUGACGCUGCAGAGCUUGAACGUGGUGGAGAUGAAGGUCAGCUUUGGGAACUAUUUUGAGGGCGACGAUGCGUUGAAGGCUAGGUUGAAGGAUUCUAUCGAGGCCUUGGGGCCGGUGCUUUUGGGUGGGCAGGGGCGGCAGAGCUUGGAGGUUGGGAAGGAGGCGCUUGAGGUGGUAUGGAGGUAUCGGUUUACCAAGGCUUGAUGGACCACUCUGCUGGGACGGAAGAUUUUGCUCAGAGUUGAGCGCCCGUUUUGCGUAUUCAGGCUUGGGAUGGAAUGCCUUUGGGGGAUGUCACUGUCCCGCAUAUGGCAAGCUACGGUCGAACCUGCGGGAGAAGAGAGGUUGAGACAUGGGUGGUACUUGAGAGAGCAAUGGGUACGUCCUCCUGAAUGCCUGCAAGAAAGGCAAUGAGCAACUUGCGGAAGCCGUAGUCACGGCCCAUACUUAAACCAUAGGCUAAACGGACUGAUCGAUCCACCUCCGCAGAGAUCGCUCGACGGGACUUUUCCCGAAUAUGGAUGCUGCUAUUUCCGACCCUUACAGCCUCCUAAUGAGACCUACGAGAUACUCCUAGGACAGGACAAGCGGCUUAACUUUCUUCCUUAAGACCGUAGGGUAGGCUAACAUCAUUAUGGCG